UAAAGUGGGGGCCGCCCCACCGCGGGGGAGAUGCUUCGUGUGCGGGGAGUGUGGCAAGGCCUUCAUGCAGUCCUCGGACCUCCUCCGGCACAGGACGGUCCACUCGGGAGAGAAACCCUUCGUGUGUCCCGAGUGUGGCAAGGACUUCCCCCGCUCCUCGUGCCUGAAGAACCACGUGCGCAUCCACACGGGCGAGAAACCCCACUCCUGCCACGAGUGCGGGAAGGCCUUCCUGUCGUCCUCCCAGCUGGUCCUCCACCGGCGCAUGCACUCGGGGGAGCGGCCCUUCGCCUGCGACAAGUGCCACAAGGCCUUCCAGUCGGCCUACAAGCUCAUCCGGCACUUCCACACGCACACGGCCGAGAAGCCCUUCGUGUGCCGGGAGUGCGGGAACGCGUACACGGAGUAUUCCGGCCUGGUGAAGCACCUGAAGGUCCACACGGGCGAGAAGCCCUAUGCGUGCCCGCAGUGCGGGAAGACCUUCGUGCAGGCCUCCUACCUCACCCACCACCUGAGGACCCACACGGCCGAGCGGCCCUACACAUGCCCAGAGUGUGGGAAAGGCUUCAAGUGUGCCAAGAAUCUUGCCGCCCACCGUGGGACACACACCAAGCCCUUCAUGUGUGGCGAGUGCGGUCGCGCCUUCGCCCAGUCCACAACCCUCUGCCAGCAUCAGCGGACUCACACUUGCCAGAGGGCCCACGUGUGCCAGGAGUGCGGGCGGAGCUUCAAGUCGGUGGGCUACCUCCACGUCCACCAGAGGAGCCACAGCGGGGAGAGGCCCUACCCCUGCCCGCACUGUGGCAAGGCCUUCAUCCGCGCCUCCAGCCUCAGUCACCACCUGCGCGUCCACACGGGCCAGGACCGCUACCAGUGCGCUCAGUGCCCCAAGGCCUUCCCGACCUUGUCCCAGCUGGCCACCCAUGUCCUGAUGCACACGGGGAAGAAAGCGUUCCCGUGUGAGCUCUGCGGGAAGUCCUUCAACAGCCCCUCCAACGUCCGCAUCCACAAGCGCUGUCACACCGGUGACAGCGUGUAA